AUGUCCUCAGACGAACAAGCAGCUCCAGACCUCCCUCUCGGCAAGUAUCUUGCUUCCACAGACAAGAAAACACGCGACAAGGCGGUCAAAAGCCUCGCAGCAUUCCUCUCCACCCCCGCCCAAGAUGCACUUCCAAGAUCAGAGAUGGCAAAGUUAUGGAAGGGAAUCUUUUAUUGUUAUUGGAUGUCUGACAAGCCGCGCGUCCAGCAAGCGUUGUCCACCGAAUUGGCGGAAAUCGUCCUAUCAAUCUCGUCCGCGAAAGCUUCUCUGUCCUUCCUUAGGGGCUUCUGGGAAGCUAUAGUGCGGGAAUGGAGUGGCAUUGAUCGGCUCCGUAUGGACAAGUAUUAUAUGCUCGUGCGGAAAUUUGUGAAUGCAGGCUUCCGACUAUUACUUCGAGAACAAUGGGAGAAAGAAGCUGUUACUGAAUACAAAGAUAUUUUGACCUGUAGGGGUGGUCCCUUAUGUGCGCUGGAUGUCCGAAUACCGGCAAGCCUCUCAUAUCACCUCGCGGACAUCUACCUAGUGGAACUCGACAAAGUUCUCAAACCCUCUGAUGACGCUGACGCUGAUACGGAAGAAAGCGCUCCAGCCCCAGCCCCUCUCUCGCCCCUGUUAUACCCGUUCUUCGACCUUGCGGCUCGAACAAACUCCAACGUGACGUAUCAACGGGUUCAUGAUGAAAUCCUCGACCGUCUCUUUCUUGCGCUGAAACGUCAGCCAGUCCUAUCACCUGAACCCCCACAAAGGAAACGCCCUCGGCUUGAGAAUGAGCCAACAUUUGAAAACAUUCGGUCAAAUUCAUGCCUGGAAGAUCCGAAGAAAGAGGACAAGGUCGAUAGUGUACAGUUACGGAAGGAUUUAUUGCGCAAGAUGUUUGAUGUCGCAAACGGCCCAGACACAAGAGAAUCUAACCGGAAAAAAUUACAUGCUCUUUGGAAGGCCGCUAUGGCUGAGGAGCGUAUUAGAGAGGUACAACAGAACAGUCAAGAUUGACACUGAGUUUGAUGCUAUCAUUACCAGAACCCAUUUCCUUCUCACGGCCGCAUUUGAUGAAUAGAACUGUAAAGCACUUCCUUUGGAAUAUUAA